AGGGUAUCGUGGAAAGUGGGCUACAAGCUGGCUGAUGCAAACAAAACCCAGGAGGUCCCAAGAGCGUUCGGGUAUGUACACUGAAAAGGGGUUGUCAGUCUCAGCUCAAAAACUCCCGGUGGCCGAGAGCCCAGUACAGCUUUUUCCGAGGAAGGAAAGGAUGAUGGGAGAAGACAAGAAACUACAAGCCCCAGCAUGCACCGCGCGCUUGGGCUCCAGGAAAGAGGCCCGCGAAGCGAGCGCGAGACGCGCGGACAGUUGGCCGACCUGGACGCCGAGGAUGAGGAAUGCCGUCGGGGCGCUCCGAGCGAUCCCUGAGGCCUCCUAUCUUUGACGCUCGCUAUUUUGGGGAGUGUGUGUGUAUGUGUGUGUGGGGGGUGCCCUGACAUGUGAGGUGUUGGGGUGAAGAGGGUUUGUGUGUGUGUGUGGACCGGCUAGUUCAGCCCCGGAUGGUGUUGGACCUCCGAGGUCCUAAAGCCUCCAGUGUUGCCAAGGUGCUCCUGGACCCGGAAGUGACGUCGUCGUGGCGGAAGAAGGGAAAGGCGGAGCCGGCGUGGUGACGUCCUCCCAAGAUGGCGGGGAGAGAGUGAAGAAACAGUGUCCCCGGUUCGGUUGCUAUAGGUGAGGUAAAAAUCCAUCCUGAUACCAAAAUGCAGUAUUCGCACCACUGUGAGCACCUUUUAGAGAGACUGAACAAACAACGGGAAGCAGGAUUUCUCUGUGACUGCACCAUAGUGAUUGGGGAAUUCCAGUUUAAAGCUCAUCGGAAUGUGCUGGCCUCGUUUAGUGAGUAUUUCGGGGCAAUCUACAGAAGCACUUCUGAGAACAAUGUCUUUCUUGAUCAGAGUCAGGUGAAGGCGGAUGGAUUCAAGAAGCUGUUGGAGUUUAUAUACACAGGAACUUUAAACCUUGACAGUUGGAAUGUUAAAGAAAUUCAUCAGGCUGCUGACUAUCUCAAAGUGGAAGAGGUGGUCACUAAAUGUAAAAUAAAGAUGGAAGAUUUUGCUUUUAUUGCUAAUCCCUCUUCUACAGAGAUAUCUAGUAUUACUGGAAACAUUGAAUUGAAUCAGCAGACUUGUCUUCUUACUCUACGAGAUUAUAACAGUCGGGAGAAAUCAGAAGUGUCUACAGAUUUAGUUCAGACAAAUCCUAAACAAGGGGCUUUAGCAAAGAAGUCAUCUCAAACUAAAAAGAAGAAGAAGUCUUUCAACUCGCAGAAAACAGGGCAGAGUAAAACAGUGCAAUAUCCCAGCAACCUUUUAGAGAAAACAUCUGUUGAAUUAUUUCUAGAUGCAAAUAAAUUGUCCACACCUGUAAUGGAACAGGUUGCACAAAGAAAUGAUAAUUCAGAACUUGAGUUGACAUCAGUUGUGGAAAAUACUUUUCCAACACAAGAUAUUGUGCAAACUGUUCCAGUGAAACGGAAACGUGGAAAAUCACAGCCAAACUGUGCUCUGAAAGAACACUCUAUGUCCAAUAUAGCUAGUGUCAAGAAUUCUUAUGAGCUGGAGAGCUCUGGGGAAGAGCUGGAUCAGAGGUACUCCAAGGCCAAGCCAAUGUGUAACACAUGUGGGAAAGUGUUUUCAGAAGCCAGCAGCUUGAGAAGGCACAUGAGAAUACAUAAAGGAGUCAAACCUUAUGUUUGCCAUUUGUGUGGAAAGGCAUUUACCCAGUGUAACCAGCUGAAAACACAUGUAAGGACUCAUACAGGUGAGAAGCCAUACAAAUGUGAUUUGUGUGAUAAAGGAUUUGCUCAGAAAUGCCAGCUCGUCUUCCAUAGUCGCAUGCAUCAUGGUGAGGAAAAACCCUAUAAAUGUGAUGUAUGCAAUUUACAAUUUGCAACUUCUAGCAAUCUCAAGAUUCAUGCAAGGAAGCAUAGUGGAGAGAAGCCAUAUGUCUGUGAUAGGUGUGGACAGAGGUUUGCCCAAGCCAGCACACUGACCUAUCAUGUUCGUAGGCAUACUGGAGAAAAGCCUUAUGUGUGUGAUACUUGUGGGAAGGCAUUUGCUGUCUCUAGUUCUCUUAUCACUCAUUCUCGAAAACAUACAGGUGAAAAACCAUACAUAUGUGGUAUUUGUGGGAAAAGUUUUAUUUCCUCAGGAGAGCUCAACAAACACUUUCGAUCCCAUACAGGAGAAAGACCAUUUAUCUGCGAAUUAUGUGGAAAUUCUUACACAGAUAUUAAAAAUUUAAAGAAGCACAAAACAAAAGUUCAUUCUGGGGCAGAUAAAAUUCUAGAUACUAGUAUAGAGGAUCAUCCAUUAAGUGAACAAGAUUCCAUACAAAAAAGCCCUUUGUCAGAAACUUUGGAUGUGAAGCCUUCUGAUAUGACUUUGCCACUAGCCCUUCCACUGGGGCCUGAGGACCACCACAUGCUUCUGCCGGUCACAGACAACCAGUCUCUGACAUCAGACACCCUGUUGAGGUCAACUGUGAAUGGGUAUUCAGAACCACAAUUGAUUUUUUUACAACAAUUGUACUGACUUUGUGAGGAUUUUGGAUUUGCUAAAACAUCUCUGGUAGUAAGCAUAAACAUCUCUGGUAAGGUGCGUAUAUUCAUCUUAAAUUACCCUUCCUUUGAGUUGUGGCCAUUAUUCAUUCAUUCACUGAAGUAAAGGCACCUGAUGCUGUAUCCCAUAACUGCAAUGCUUGUUUUGAGUUUUGGCUUUUAUGUCAGUAGCAUUAUUUUGGGUGGUUAAGUUUCCUUUUCUUUUAGAGCUGCCUAAAUUCCAUUUUUAUUUUGCAUUUUAGACUUACCUUUCAUUUAUUGAAGUGGAAUCUGUCAGUUUAUAUGAUUCACUUUUUACCUGUGGGAUUUAAAAUUUUUCUUCCCCUCAAAAUUUAAGUAAAAUCCAUGAUGGUAUCAGCACAAGAGUAUUGCUGUUACUAAGCUCCAUAGACCAAUACAUAAACUAUGAGGGGAAAAAAUAAAAUUUCAUAUUUCUGUCCAAGAAAAUUUAGAUACUGAAUAAGAAUUGCGCUACUUCUCUAUUAAUAUAUUCCAUUGGAGAUAACUUUUUUAAUGAAACAAAAAGAAGUAUUUCUCUUAAAAGCUGGAAAAACUGUAUAUAAAUACUUGUUUAUUUUAAAACUCACUAUUCUGAGAAAACCAAUGGUCAGUACUUUCUAUUUGAGUUAUCUGAGAUUACAUUUUCAAAAUGAAUUUAAAUAGCUCUUUGUUAUUUUCACUUUGUUACAAGACAGUUUCAAAUUUGAUUCAGGUUAUGUUUUAAUAGAUUUCUAGAUUAUUGAAGAUGAGGGAGUUUUUAAAAUUUUUAAUAAGUUUCUCUUAUACCUGUUGUGCACUUUUAAAAUAGAAAAUUCUAAGAAGAAUUUUCUAAAUAUAAACAAUGCAUACUAUAAAUUACUUGGUUUCUGAAUCUAUAUUAUAUAGAUUUAAGAAAUUUAACUUCAAUUAUAAGUAAACACUUGAGUUUUCAGAAAGCCAGUUUAUUAAACAUUUUAUAUUUGAGUGUUCUAUAAGUUUUGAGUUUAAAAUUUUAUAAUAAACCACAACAUUUGCUGGUGGUUUAUAGCUUCAUAAUAGCCCUUUUUCUUCCUAGUGAACAUAGAAAAUCAGUAUUAUUCUGAUGAUGCUACCACUCUUCCCCAUUCUACUUUUCCCACAUAUUGGUUUAUUUUACUGCCUGAUCUUUGAACAUUAUCAGUUUCAGAGUCAGUUUCUAUACCGCUAAUGGAACACCUUGGUGACAUUAUAUUUUAUUUCUGCCAUACAUUAAUUGUGGCUUGUUUUGGUUUUAAACUACACCUAUAAUAAAGUUAAUGUGUUUUCUAUUGGUA